AUGAUUCCUCCUCAGCCCAUUGCUUCGUCCUCUUCAUCUGCACUCCCUGACUUGGUCCCAUUCAUCCAGCCCAUUGUCAUGCCCAACAGAGUGGAGCUUCCAUACAACCCAACAAACCGCAAACACAAGAAAAUCAUUACUUAUGCCAUAAAACCAGUCAAGGAACAUGCAGUAAAUGCACAAUCUAUAUUGACCUUGUCAGCCAGAAAGGUAAUAGUUCAACAGAAGUUUCAAGAGUCAGCUACAAAGCACUAUAUUUAUCCAGCAUUUGCAAAUGACUGGUCUCUCGCAAAUUCUUCAACACUUUACAUGAUACUAUCUAAUCCAUACAAACUCAUCAUACAUAUGUUAAAGAAAAUUGUGUGCACCAAUAUAGCACUAUUCCAUCUAUGUCCUGGGGCACAGUUGAUGGUCAGUGAGGUUGAAUUCAAGAUAUACAAGAUUGCAGAGCUUCUUAGCAAAUGGACUUUUCCACCGAAAUUUACAUUUGGCAUGGAUGAGUCUGGCAUCUCAUACUUCCUUGAAAAUGAAGUACUAUGGCAUGUCGUUCUAGACGCUAUCAUGGAACUCAGCCUCUACAAGUACCUCACUGAUCUGGACAGUAUAUUCUGUGCAGCUGCAGUUGCUCUUAAGUGUGCAUUGCAGGAGUUUGCGACUGGAUGGUUUAUUGAUAUUGAAUUUGCUGGUGACGUAUAUACUGAACUUUACCAUAGACUGCUAGAGCAUCUUGAGGCAAUCACUGCUGACCCAUCCUUGUUGGCACAAUGGAAUGAGUACAAGGAUCUCACUCAUACAAGGCUGAUGCAGCUAUGCAGCUAG